AUGUCUAUUGUGUCCUCACCCGGCGAUCAGACAUCCAUCGAGCCCAAUGUGAUCGACGAAUCCGAUAACUGGCUCAUCAGCCCCAGAAUGUUUCUACCUGGGCCUGAGAGAAACUGGAAGAUCCGAGGACGCUGGAUCACAUAUAUGGAUAAUCCCAUUCUGCAUCUCCCUGAGGAUCGCCGGAUGAAAGACUGUGACAUCUUCGGAAACACCAUCGUCAUUGGGUCUCCGUUCGGAAUUGUCACUGUCCUCAAGUUUAGGGACUUGGAGAGUAUUGACUUCGAGCUUCCGGGUAUUCUACCAACGCAUCUUACCCCCGCAACACCAUCCACACGCUUCGAAAUGACGACGGUAAACAACGGCGACAGGCCAUUCCGGUUUCUGGAUCUUCCUCCUGAGAUCCGCCUUAUUAUCUACAGAGAUCACUUCACCUCGAAAAAGCUGAAGUUCCGCAGGCUGCCCAAGUGGCCCACCUACUACAAACUGGAGAAACCUGCACUGGACAAUCUCGCAUUGCUGUACACCUGCAAGCUGGUCAACCAUGAAGCCCGGAACCUAUGGCUGGGCCAGGUAACCUUUGUCUUCCGUGUGGUCGAGGACAUGCUCAAAACAUUCUCCCCACUGCCUAUGGAGACUCUAUCGAGAAUCCGCUAUGCAAAUGUCAAGGGUUAUUCUUUCACCCCCAUCGCGUUGUCCGCAAGAAUUUUCCCACAGACCUACCACAUCCCCUUCGUACUCAACCUUCUUCCCGGCCUGCGCCUUGAUACACUUACCGUCAUCGCCGUGCAGUACCCUGAGUACCUCUACGAUACUAUUACGGAGUUUGUGAAGUACGGCAGUGGAUGGCGCAAGCUGAUAUAUCACGCAAAGGACUCUCAACUGCUCGCCUUCCGGAGAGAUCCUCGCCUUAGCAGCUCAUCCGACGACGUCGCGAGAUCUCGCAGACCGCAACCCAGCACCUGGCAGCAGCAGCUCAUCGAGCGCGACGGAACGGCCUCAAACCCCUCUGUCACCAUUUACCGGUCCACGAAAUCGCGGUUGGCCGGCUCGGUCCUGAACCCGGAUACACGCGAGAUAUUCGAGCAGAAACUACAGCCUGGCCAGCAACCGGAAGACUUCGAAAUCCACGGAGACGCCCUCCGCGGCGACAAGGAUCUUCAGAAGGAGGUGUUGGUCGUUAUACAGCGUGGCAAGAAUGCCGACAUCACGGAUCUUGAUGAGCUCGCGAUUGCCCCGGAGCCGGUGGUAGAUGAGGGAACUCUGAGAAGUGGAAACCCUGGUGUCUACGAGCAGAGACGAUGGAAUUUCUCGUUUCUCUAUGAGUCCUCCGGAUGCAAAGGGCUGCGUGCCCAUAGGUACCGCGUUGCUGAGUAUUAUUAUCGAUUAUCGGGCUGGUAUCGCCCUCCUGAGCAUUAG